AUGGCCCAGGGAGACGAAUACUUGAAUAGCUUCCGCGCACUUGCCAAUCUCUAUAAAGAAAAAGUAUCGGCGGAAGAGAUCGAACGAGACAUGUCAACAAGUUUGAGUGAAAUCCACACGCACAUCAAUAUGGCAAGAGCACUGGACGCUCAAGUGACGCACCAUCUACUUACCACGACGGAGGCACAUUUCACGGGAGGAGAACUCGUGUUAGCGGGUUCGCGUCUCUGGAAAACAGCCACUUACGCCAAAGAGAAGCUUCACAGUGCCACCCAACGAUACAUGUUAUACGAUUCCAUCUACAGGAUGAAGACAGACGAAGGAAAAAUUUCAGCAAGAAGAAGAGCUGAGUGGCUCGAAGAUGGCGAUCAUGAUAUAAAUUUGGUGUCUUUGCGGGCUCAGCAAAAUCUGAAACGGCUGGACAACAAUAUCUCAGACAUAGAAUAUGAAAUGACAAGAGCUGAAAAGCUAGUCAACGACGAGAAGGUUCAGAACAAGGAACAGUUUAGGACUGUUUUCAAUCGAACAAUAGAGAAGCUAGAGCAAAAGCUGGACAACAUAGCCUCGAAACUGACAGAAAACCAGUGUCCACACCAUCCCCAACCAGUCAAGAGGAAACACUCUCAAGAAAUCGGAGACUUCCCUAGUACUAGCAAGAUCCAGGUGAUCUCUGAUGAAGAAUACAUGGAAAGACUGAUAGAGGAAAACCGAGACGACCAAGAUGCGCCCCCGGAGGAUGCUGAACGCAGAGAAAAGCAGCAUCAAGAACAAGAACAAGAACGACGAGCUGCUGAACGCAGAGAAAGACAGCAACAAGAACAAGAACAAGAGAGACAAGAUCGUGCCCGGCAUGAGGAGGAACGUCGACGAUACAUCGCUGAGUUGGAGGAUGAGCUCGCAGAAUUGCGAGACAGCUACUCCCUUCUGUCUCGUAGAAAAUUUGGAUACAGCGAUAACGUCAAGGAGUGGACCAAGUGUUCCUUUUGCGGAGCGAUAGCUCAGCAUUAUUCAGACUCCUGUCCUGAAAUCACGACUGGUCAAGAGCGUUACAAUUUCAUUGAAGAGAACGGGAUGUGUCGAAUUUGUCUGGGAAGGGGUCACAAGGCAGCAGAGUGUCGAACAGAAGAAAAGGAUUGUUGGUAUUGCAAUACCGUGAGAGGUAGGGCCUUAUAUUUUCUGGUAGAAGAACAAGAACACCACAGGGCUCUCUGCGUUAUUCCCGACUCCAAAGAUCGUAUCAGAGCUCGAAUCAGGAGAGUAGAAGAGGAGCUCUCCCGAGUAAGGCAUCAAUAA